AUGUCCUCUCACUGUCCUGCUGCUGCCUCUCAGGGAACAUAUGAGCUGCCUUACCAUCUUGGUGCAGGAGCCUCUGACUUCAAUCUCAGGCUUGUGCUAGCAGUGCUGCUGCCUGUCGCAGCUCAUCAGUCUCCCCUGGCGAAAGACUGUAGUGAUGUCUACAGAGCCGGAUCAGGCCUGGACGGAGUGUACACCAUCUACCCAGCCGGCCCCACCUCCCCUGUGCAGGUUUACUGUGACAUGAGCAAGGACAGCACCGACAGUUCUGCAGGAAAGUGGACGGUCAUUCAGAGAAGACAGGAUGGCACAGUGAACUUCUUCAUGAAGUGGGAUCACUACAAAACUGGAUUUGGCAGCGCUGCUGGAGAGUACUGGCUGGGCCUGGAGACCAUGCACCUGCUGACGCAGGCCAAGAACUACGAGCUGAGGGUGGACAUGGAAGACUUCGAGGGCCAGAGGGUCUUUGCCCAAUAUUCUUCCUUCUCUGUUGGUCCGGAGGCGGAGGGAUACACACUAAACCUGGGCAGUUUCGUCAGGGGAGCAGCAGGAGACUCGUUAAGUAUACACAAUGGACAGAAAUUCACCACCACUGACAGAGAUCAAGACACUCAUGCUUCAAACUGUGCCAGGCUGGCCUAUGGAGCAUUCUGGUAUGCGGCGUGCUUCGGGGCUAACCCCAACGGGAUCUACACAUGGGGACCUUCACCCCGUGCAGCCGGUGUACAGUGGAACAGUUUUAAAGGGCUCGAAUACUCCCUAAAAACCAUGGUGAUGAAGAUCAGACCGGUUGCUGCGUAA